AUGGCAGUGAAUCCAUUGCACUUUGUUUCAGUUGCAAUUGCUACUGCUAACCACCUGAAUGCUCCAAAUCUACGUGGUAAAGAAAAUGGACGAAUGCUGUUUGAGGAGGCUGCACUUCUAGAAAGUUUUUUUCUUACUGAAAGUGAUUCACAAUCUAGAAGUGGAUUGGGGAUAGAUGAUUCGGACAGUGACUUCAACGAUCUCGAUGAUUUUAUUGGUGAUGGUUCUCGAUAUAAAAAUCCAAUCGCAGUAUUUUCUUCGACUGGAGACUUAGAUUUAGACUUAGACUUAGAUUCAUCAACUACUUCUGACGUCGCGGAUCCUGCUACUCACCUAUUGAAAAGUAACGAUACAGUAAACUCGACAACUUCAGAAAUUCCGGUAACAAAGUCAGGGUCGAUCGGAAUUGAGGCUCCAGACUCAAACGUGUCAGAUACGGAAGCCCCAAAUCUGAAGACAUCCAGCUCAAACUCUACCUGGCCAGCGACAUCCGGCUCAAAUGCAGUAUCCGGCUUUGAUGUUGACGCUUCUACUCCUGACGUCCUGAACUCGUCUAAUGUAGAGAUUCCGACGAAUUCUGACAUGUCAACGUCUACGACAACGAAGGUUUCUACUACGAAAAACCUCACGUUAGACACACCUCAGACAUCGUUUUCUGACUCAACUGAAGCAUCUGGUUCAGAUGCUUCUACUUUCACUAUCAACGAAACACCCUCGAUUACUGACGUCCCAUCUAAAGGAGACGAUCCAACCUCUAAUACAUCAAAUGUUCCGGCUACAGUAGCGCCAACGCCCCCCUCAACUGCCAAUAACGACAUUUCUGAACCUUCGUCGACUUCAAUAACUCCGUCAUCGAAUACUUCUGACUUAAAUCCUUCUACGAUUACGCCAAAUGGAUCCGUCAUCGAAGUUCCAACCCAAAAUCUGAAAACGUCAGUGGACUCAGGUGCAGUCUUCAGCUCGAGAGAUUCGAAAAAUAUUUCGGACGUGCGUGUAAUUGAAAUUCCGGCGGGAAAUCUAAAGACCAACGCCCCAUAUGUGACUACAGCGGCUACGAGCUCGGACGUUUCAGUGACAGCCAGCAUUGGUAUCGUAAGCGGAACUUCCAUCUCAGCACCUAUCAAUUCAUCACCAUCAAGCGAAAUGCCGCUAAUCCAGCCAUGGAAUCAAUGUGGUGGUUCUGGAUUUGACUACUCGAAAUAUUUAGACGAUGGAACCUCUUUUAACUGGUCGACUAAGCUUUCAUGUGCAGCAGGUUUUUCAUGUGAAGAAGUGGAUGUUUGGUAUUUUCAGUGUCAACCAGUGAUUGGUUUAGCUCCUCUCGAGGUGUGGGAUCAAUGUGGUGGUGUUAACCACAUUGGAUCAACUGAGUGCACCACUGGCUCCAUAUGCAAGUAUGUGAAUGAAUGGUAUUCUCAAUGCGUCCCCGCACAGACAUGA